UGAGUUGUGGUCCUCGGUGCUCGGGAAUGGAUGGUGACCCUGUGUAAUUCUCUAGCUCCGUCGAGAGGCUCGCCUGCGCCGCGAGUACCUGUAUCGCAAGGCCCGGGAGGAGGCACAGCGAUCGGUUCAGGAGAAGAAGGAGCGAGUCAAGCGUGCUCUCGAAGAAAAUCAGCUAAUUCCCACUGAGUUACGCCGGGAGGCUCUAGCCUUACAGGGGUCCCUGGAGUUCGAUGAUGCUGGUGGUGAAGGUGUGACCAGCCACGUGGAUGAUGAAUACCGAUGGGCUGGGGUUGAGGAUCCUAAGAUCAUGAUCACCACCUCCCGAGACCCCAGUUCUCGCCUGAAGAUGUUUGCAAAGGAACUGAAGCUGGUGUUCCCAGGUGCCCAGCGCAUGAACCGAGGUCGGCAUGAGGUUGGAGCGCUGGUGCGAGCUUGCAAAGCCAAUGGGGUCACCGACCUGCUGGUUGUCCAUGAGCAUCGCGGCACACCUGUGGGACUCAUUGUUAGCCAUCUGCCCUUCGGUCCUACUGCUUACUUCACACUGUGCAACGUGGUUAUGCGGCAUGACAUCCCUGAUCUGGGCACCAUGUCAGAAGCUAAGCCUCACCUCAUCACUCAUGGCUUUUCCUCACGGCUGGGCAAGCGGGUGUCGGACAUCCUCCGUUACCUAUUCCCUGUGCCAAAAGACGACAGCCAUCGGGUCAUCACCUUUGCAAACCAGGAUGACUACAUUUCAUUCCGGCACCAUGUCUACAAGAAGACGGACCACCGUAAUGUGGAGCUGACGGAGGUUGGGCCUCGAUUUGAGCUGAAAUUGUACAUGAUUCGCCUGGGCACACUGGAGCAGGAGGCCACAGCGGAUGUAGAGUGGCGCUGGCACCCGUACACCAACACUGCCCGCAAGAGGGUCUUCCUGAGCACGGAGUGAGCUCUGAGCUACUGCCAGGCAGGUUGCAGACUUGGAAUCUUGCAG